AUGUCGAACGGCCGCAGGCAUGCCGGGAGUUGUAGUCCCGUCGUCCAUUUUCUCGCGUUCGCUCGCGGCGCCGUGCUACCAGCGGGAAACUACAGCCGCUCGGCUGAGCGAGACGAGGGCGGCGGUCCGGAGGUCGGCGAUCGAGGGCAGGAUGCGACAGGCCGAAGGCAAAAGUGGAAAGAUUUAGCGACAGGCAAAUGUAAAGGGAGAAAGAUGGAUCAUGCCAGCCCUGAACAAAUGCUGCAAGUCAAAGGUGGAAAAUUGGAAGGAACUUCUCAGGGUGGAAAUGUGGAUGUACCAACAGUCCAGUAUACACAGCAAAGCAGUUCUGUUAAUAUUUCAGAAAAUGAGUCCAAAAACAGUAUAUCACCAGGGUGCCAUGUGCUGGAAGAGAAAACUAAGAAUCAGAAAGUGAAAACUUCCAAGAGUUCAGAGGCUGAGAAAUUUAAAUGGGUGACCAGAAGUGUUGUCAGAUGUACUUCUGAGAGUGAUACAGAAAACCAAAAAGCACCAACUACCAAAGUGGAAAGCUCUGGUUCUGGAGAGAAUAGUAAGAGCAUUACCCCAGACAAAAAAAAGUGCAAGACACUUGAGGAAUGGGUAAUAAAACCUUGCAAAAAAGGAGCAAAAUGUACCACACCAAUUCGACCUGGUGGGGUAACACCUCUUAAAGAGGAGCAUCAUAUUGUCGACCUUGAGGAUUCAAAGUCACUUGAAAAUCCCCUUGACGACAUGUAUUCUGUUCCAGAAAGUCCACUCUCUGAUUCUAGCUGUGAACAAUAUAUGCCAAGCACAAGUGGAACUGGAAAGCAAGAUACUGGAAAGAGAGACACCAGAAUAUGUCUUUCUGUUAAGAAAGAGACUGAGUCUGUCUUGCCUAUGCAAGUAGAUACUUCAGGUAAUAGUUCCUUUGAAUUAGAGACUGAGCUUAAUUGUUUAUCAGCCAAAGUUUCAAAAGAUUUGGAUGACAGUUCACUUACCCAGAAAGUUCACUGUUUUGACUCUCAUUCUGGUAAUAAAAUAGUUGAGGAAAUGAUGGACGUGGAUAAAGACAUAAAUUACCGAUUUGAAGAUCCAUUUGUAAAGGCACAACCUAAAGGAUUCAAUGGCUUAAAGGAUGGAACACAGAAGCCAGAGCAAAAAAUAAACUUAUCAACUAGUUCAUCUUCACAGCUGGGAAAUCAGAAGGGACCCUCAAAACCGUUGAGAAAAAUCACAGAUCAUUUUGAGUACUUGGGCAGAAAGUCACAAAAGUUGAACAGAAGAGGGCAUUCUACCGUGGAAGGGAAAAGACCUUAUCAAGGGAGAUACUCUGCAGAUAUCAAAUGGCUUGGAACUCCAAUCAUUGAGAUGCGUCGAAUGCCAGAAUGCAGCAGUGUUUUGCCACCUUUAAGAGCAUCUAACAAUCACUCAGUGACUAUCCGAACAGACCUUUUGAAAAGUGGUGAAGUGCCUCGACCUUAUCCCACAUAUUAUAAUGAUGCCUGGGAUGACAAGCAUGUGAGAAUGCCCUGCUCAGUUCAAAAUCUUUUUCCUGUUGAAAAUGAGGAUGGAAGCAAAAAUGUAAGCAGUCGAUGGGAGUUAAUUCGAACAGCAUUGUUGAGAACCUUUACGAAUUCAGAGGAUGUGAAGGAUGCAAUACUGAAGUAUAAUGCAGGAUAUGCCAAGAAAUGGGACUUCACUACCCUGAAUUACCUUUGUAAUGAGGAAUUAAGUGACGUUGAAACACAGCACCUUCUUCAGUUCCUUCUACCUAAAAUGGCCGAAUUGGCUCUGCAAUUGCCAACUCUUUGUACCAAGCCGAUACCACUGCUUAAACAGAAGAUGAAUCACUCCAUCACAAUGUCACAAGAACAAAUAGCUUGCCUUCUGGCCAAUGCCUUCUUUUGCACAUUUCCUCGACGCAAUAACAAAGGAAAACUUGAAUAUUCUAACUUCCCGGACAUAAACUUUAAGAAAUUGUUUGAAGGAUCUUCACACAAGAAAGCUGAAAAGCUUAAAACUCUUUUUUGUUAUUUCAGAAAAGUCACAAAAGAAAAACCCACUGGCUUAGUAACAUUUCAGCGACAGUGUUUACCUAACUUCCCUGAAUGGGAAAGAUCCACAAAGAAGCUGACCCGACUGCACAUUACUUGUGAAGGAACAAUUGAAGACAAUGGGCAUGGCAUGCUUCAGGUUGACUUUGCAAACAAAUAUGUUGGAGGUGGUGUCACACGUGCUGGCCUUGUGCAGGAAGAAAUCCGUUUUUUGAUAAACCCUGAACUCAUUGUUUCACGGCUAUUUACGGAGGCUCUGGAUUAUAAUGAGUGUCUCAUUAUUACAGGUACUGAGCAAUACUCUGUCUAUGAAGGCUAUGCAGAUACGUACAAAUGGGUGGAGAGCUACAAUGACAAGACUCUAAGAGAUGCUUGGCAGAGGUGCAACACAGAAAUUGUAGCUAUCGAUGCAUUAUCUCUCAGACGUUACUUAGAUCAGUUUUCUCCAUGCAGUUUAAAACGAGAAAUUAAUAAGGCUUACUGUGGGUUUGUGCGACCCGGCAUAGAUCCCAAGAAUCUUUCAGCUGUGGCUACAGGGAACUGGGGGUGUGGAGCUUUUGGUGGUGAUGCCAGGUUAAAAUCCUUAUUGCAGCUGAUGGCAGCAGCAGAAGCAGGACGAGAUGUGGUUUAUUUCACCUUUGGAGACCGAGAAUUGAUGAUCGAGAUAUAUGAGAUGCACAAAUUCCUGGUUGAGAAAGAGCAAACUAUUGGCAAUAUCUACAAGCUUUUGGAACGAUAUUACAACGAAGAAUGCCGAUCCUGUCCUUUUUCGAAACCACACAAUAAACUCUACAACUUCAUUUAUGAUUCUGUAGCCUUAUACACAGAUUCAACAGAUGAAGAUGAUGAAUGAUGGCUUUUCAAGGUCCCGUUAAAGACUUUCCUUUGAAGUAAUGAGGAGACUGAGUUUUUUAGCUCAAUAUCAAAAUUCAGCUUGCAAGAGAUCCUGAGCUGAUAGGUCCAUUCUUCAGUAAAAGUCAUCCCAAAGCAUUGUCCAUUAUUCAGACAGAAUCACUUCUGAAAAAUUUUUGAUAGGAGUGUUUGCUUGUGCUAGAAAUCAAGCCUAAAUUGGUUCAAAUUGAAGUUUCAGGUAUAAAAACCAUUUUGGGCAAAGGACUGACAAGAAAUAUAUAUUCACUCUAUAUAUAAAAUACAUAUCCUCCAUACUUUAUGCAAUCAUAAUAGAAGGGCAAUUGCCAAUAUAAAUCUGUCUUUCUUCAUGUAAUUAUUGCAGUUAUUUAGAAGAAUUAAACCAAUGUUAUUUUCUGAUUUUUGAGUAAUCUCUGUUUAACAGAAUCCAAUCAACGUUGAAACCCCAGCAUGCUCUGAGCAUGGUUUUAUUAAUGUGUUAUCAAUGAAAAUUAAAGACUUUUAAUUUAGAGGAGCAAAUAAAACCUUUAGCUUAUGAUAGAAGGGAAAACAAUUAUGUUUUAAUUUUGUUUUUAAAAUUACUUAAGGACUUGAAAUUAUUUUAUUUGUGGUUCUUGAUACCUACAAAAAGUAGGCUGUUGGUUGAAUAGUUCCUAUCAUUAAUAUAUAUGAGGGGAAUUCUUUACUAACACGUAAAGAAGUUUUUUUUUGACUGUCUUAAUAAAAGAUUGGUGUUGAGUACAAAG